CAUAAAAAAGCGACUCUGAGCACUCAGUAGUUAGCUUUCAGAGCUUAUCCGAGUUGAUGAUAGCGUCAACAUAAUGCUUAACGACAGCGAGCUGGCAACGUUGCGGAAUAGAUUUAAGAGAGAUGCGGAGUUUCUUAUGCAAACAACGACAGCGGGUGACGAAGAUGAAAGGAAUCAGGAGGAAAAAGAUGCCAGACCUCUCCCUCGCAUUAACAGACACUCCAUUUUCUGGAUCGUGGCGUCUAUAGGUGUGACCUACUACGUGGAUUUCCUCCGCAACAUCAUGGAGAACGAUGAUAUUAAGAGUUGGUGGUUCAAUGUCGGUCUGGUACUCCUUGGGAUCUGCCUGUCUCUGGCCAUGUUCUGCAUUGUGUACCUGGAGUGGUUCAAAGGCAUCCAGCACUAUGACCAAGAGUAUCCCGCCAUUCCUCCCCUCACCACUGCAGCCUUUAUUGCUGCAUCAUGCAGCUUUAACAUAGCACUGUGGCCAGUGUGGUCCUUCUUCACUCCACUCAUCCUCUUCACACAGUUCAUGGGUGUGGUCAUGUUCAUCUCUUUGCUUGGAUGAAUGUGACAGCUCCAGAACGAUGCAUUGUUGACCACAAUGUUGGGUUUUGUUUUUAUAGUUUUUCUCUAUUGUUUCCGCAUGUCACCCUGUUUCCCCAGUGUACUCUUCCAUUUCACUAAACCUCACACUUUCUCUCUUGAAUGAAACCGAUGCAAACACAGGAAACACACCUGUAAUAAAGAUGUUGAGAACAGGCCUUUUUCACAGCAGACAUGUUGACUUGUCAUAGUAGAGAAGGCACAGGUGUAAGUAAUAACAUUAACUAUGGCCCUGUUCUAUUCAGGUGUCCCAGUGAGCCAACGUGCACAAUACAGGGACCCUGAAACCGAAGCAGCUAAAUGGAAUUCAGCCAUUAUUAAUUUAAGCAUCUAUUACCUGCGCUUUUCCUACUCUGACAUCAAAAUCUCUUCUGUAAAACUUGCAUAUUGUGCUUAUCUGUACAAAAAAAAGUGUAAAACCAGUGGAGAUAACUUCAAGAAAAAGUGUUCCAAUAUUUAUAACUGUAUUAAUAAAACCAACAAAGUUUGAAAAUAUUUGAUUUUUAUUAAGCAGUUUGUAGUGAAGUAUGUAAAGAUGUCUGCUUAUAUCGGUAAAAUGUUUUUUUAUUUAAU